UCUAGUCACAGUCAGACACGAACAGACUGGUUGAGUGGCAACACACUACGAGAGGGGGAACACAUCUGUGGAAUUGGAAUGAGUUGUUUAAGGGAGCCCUAGCUAGCCUCCCUCUGAGCCUAGGAAGUGUGUAACGUGAGACAAGCUGCGCCUAUUCUCUGUGAGUAGUUCUGAAAGCACAAGGGGGAAAUACCAUAUCUAGAACAUUGACUCCCUUCAAACCCUUGGAGCUGUGACUGUCCUGAGGAGAACUCUCCCCUCACACGUACUCGCCAACGGACCGUGGAGGUGUGAGAAGAGCCGUGGCGAUAAGCAGCUGACGUGAAACAGACGAAGAACAAGGAAAAAGAGAGUAAAAAGAGAGAGAGGGGUAGGAGAAGAAAAUGGAGGCCUUGCUUCCUGUGUUGCAGCGGCACACUGGACUGUCUGUGUUGGUGUGCGCUCUGAUGUUCCGGGUGGCCCACCGACUACUACAGAACCUGCCUGUGCCCAAAGUGGUGGCGGUGGAUGACUUCCGCUCCUGGAAGUGGAGGAACCUCUCGGUCUCUAUGGUCCACUCCCUCCUGACAGGGACUUGGGCUGUGACCUGUGUGAUCAUCUGGCCUGAGAUGGCAACCAACAUUCACUCCUUCUACACGGCCCCAGCCUACAUACUCAUCUGCAUCUCAUCAGGAUACUUUGUUCAGGAUGCAGGUGACAUCAUCCUAACUGGACACGCAAGAGGAUCCUGGGAGUUCUUAAUUCAUCAUGUCCUGGUGCUCUGGUGCUUCCUGUAUUCUCUGUACUCGCACCUCUACGUGGCAGGUGCUGUGGUGGCUCUCUUUGUGGAGGUUAACAGUGUCACCCUGCAUUUGAGGCUAAUGCUGAAGCUAGCAUCACAGCAGUCGUCCCCUCUGUACCAAAUCAACAAGUUCCUCAACGUCUUCACAUAUGUUGUCUUCCGCCUCAGCGCACAGUUCUACCUCACGUAUUACAUCGUCCAGAACUACUCCUGGAUGGACAAAGGAGGCUACUUCCUGGUUACCAUGACCCUCAUGAACACCAUGAUCUUGAUCUACUUUUAUCGUCUUCUCCGUGCUGACUUCUUCGCCCGGAGCAGGCCUAGCAUGGCGCUAAAUGGCACACACAACGUCAAAAAGUUCUUCACUGAAUGACACCGAGAGCGACAUGGCUGUAAACUGGCGGUUGUGUUUGUUUUUUGUUUUGUUCGGUUACUGAUAUCAUUCCUCAUCAAGACGUCUUAUCUGGAUGCAUUGUCAAGUUGUGUCUUCACAACAACAACCAUAACAGAGCUCUGUUUCUCAACAGCUUGUGUUGUAGUGAGAGGCAGCCAGGAAAGGAUGGGGACAGUGGUACAUUCCCUAUGUUUCUCUACUGAUGAUUAUGCCCACUGUGGCUGUAGAUCCCUCACAGACACCCAAACAGGGCAGCAUAGAGUUAGAGACUGGUCCAUACACACUGGCUGGGAGAAUCCCACUAACUUACCUCCAGGAUACUGUGCCACUUUUGCUUCUGAUCAUAGCUAAUACAUUUAUUUAAAAUAUAGGAAUGUAUGUGAUUCAUGUGGAAUGCUCUUUAACAGAAAAAAUACUUAUAAAUGCUAACAUAAUUUUGUGAAUAUAUACAGUAGAGAAACAAACUGCCAAAGAUAUAUCAGGCAUCGCCUUGGUGUUGUACAUCCCACCCCACAAACUCGGUCAGCUGUAGCUUAGCAACAUAGUUUUAUUGAAAUUUCCACUAUUAGGAUUUUGUUAUAUAUAUAGUAUAUACUAUUCAUAACUAUAGUACAAUCAAUAUUUUUGACAUUGUAACAAACUGUCAGACAACAUCAUUUUACUUUCAUUCUUCCCUGUUUGGUCUCAACAGGUCAACACCAAUAUGUGGGUGACCAGCAUUCUUACAACAGCGACCAUUCAUUCCAUAAAUCUAACAUAGUGAAAUGCAUGUAUCCCAUUGAAAGUAGCUGAAUGUACGACCAGGUCUACAUUUUCUUGAGGUUCCAAGAAUCACUUAUAUUUCUCUUUAAAUGAUUUAUCAAAGUGAGCCAAACUAAAACGGACAGCUUCAGAGGAUGGGUUAGCAAUGGGUUUUGGUAAGUCAUAGUAGUGGCUAUACCACAGUUCCUUCUCAACAACCUUCCCUAGAUAGCCCGUUCAGUAUGUUUAUAGAUGCAGUGUUGGGAAAGAUACCAAUUACUUCACAUUAGAAGAAGUUAAGGUGGACUAAAGCUACCCUUAAGAAAAAUAUCGUUUCUGUAACUAACGUUACUUUGAAAAAGUAGUACAUUUUUCAUGAAGUAGUUUAGAUGAAGUUAUGUAAAUUUUAAAUGUCAUAGACUCUACAAAUUGCAAGAAAAGAUGAUCACUUUGGGGUCAUAUGGUAACAUAAAGUGUAAUUUAACAUAUUAAACGCAACAAUGUUUCCAGUGUGAACGAGGCAGGUCUGAUGCUGAAAAAGAAAGGAAAUGAUUGGUGAAGUAGACAAUCUUAUAUUUUUGCAAAUAAAAGUAGUGUGUAGUUCCAGUAGUUACAGUUGAAGUCGGAAGUUUACAUACACCUUAGCCAAAUACAUUUAAACUCAGUUUUUCACAAUUCCUGACAUUUAAUCCUAGUAAAAAUGCCCUGUCUUAGGUCAGUUAGGAUCACCACUUUAUUUUAAGAAUGUGAAAUGUCAGAAUAAUAUUAGAGAGAAUGAUUUAUUUCAGCUUUUAUUUCUUUCAUCACAUCCCCAGUGGGUCAGAAGUUUACAUACACUUAAUUAGUAUUUGGUAGCAUUGCCUUUAAAUUGUUUAACUUGGGUCAAACGUUUCGGGUAGCCUUCCACAAGCUUCCCACAAUAAGUUUGGUGAAUUUUGACCCAUUCCUCCUGACAGAGCUGGUGUAACUGAGUCAGGUUUGUAGGCCUCCUUACUCGCACACGCUUUUUCAGUUCUGCCCACAAAUUGUCUAUAGGAUUGAGGUCAGGGCUUUGUGAUGGCCACUCUAAAACCUUGACUUUGUUGUCCUUAAGGCAUUUUUCCACAACUUUGGAAGUAUGCUUGGGGUCAUUGUCCAUUUGGAAUACCCAUUUGCGACCAAGCUUUAACUUUGUGACUGAUGUCUUGAGAUGUUGCUUCAAUAUAUCCACAUCUUUGUCCUUUCUCAUGAUGCCAUCUAUUUUGUGAAGUGCACCAGUCCCUCCUGCAGAAAAGCACCCCAACAAACAUGAUGCUGCCACCCCCGUGCUUCACGGUUGGGAUGGUGUUCUUUGGCUUGCGAGCCUCCCCCUUUUUCCUCCAAACACAACGAUGGUCAUUAUGGCCAAACAGUUCUAUUUUUGGUUCAUCAGACAUUUCUCCAAAAAGUACGAUCUUUGUCCCCAUGUGCAGUUGCAAACCGUAAUCUGGCUUUUGUAUGGCGGUUUUGGAGCAGUGGCUUCUUCCUUGCUGAGCGGCCUUUCAGGUUAUGUCGAUAUAGGACUCGUUUUACUGUGGAUAUAGAUACUUUUGUACCUGUUUCCUCCAGCAUCUUCACAAGGUCCUUUGCUGUUGUUCUGGGAUUGAUUUGCACUUUUCUCACCCAAGUACGUUCAUCUCUAGGAGACAGAAUGCGUCUCCUUCCUGAUCGGUAUGAAGGCUGCGUGGUCCCAUGGUGUUUAUACUUGCGUACUAUUGUUUGUACAAAUGAACGUGGUACCUUAAUGCGUUUGGAAAUUGCUCCCAAGGAUGAACCAUACUUGUGGAGGUCUACAAUUAUUUUUCUGAGAUCUUGGUUGAUUUCUUUUGAUUUUCCCAUGAUGUCAAGCAAAGAGGCACUGAGUUUGAAGAUAGGCAUUGAAAUACAUCCACAGGUACACCUCCAAUUGACUCAAAUUAUGUAAAUUAGCCUAUCAGAUGCUUCUAAAGCCAUGACAUCAUUUUCUGGAAUUUUGCAAGCUGUUUAAAGGCACAGUCAACUUAGUGGAUGUAAACUUCUGACCCACUGGAAUUGUGAUACAGUGAAAUAAUCUGUCUGUAAACAAUUGUUGAAAAAUUACUUGUGUCAUGCACAAAGUAGAUGUCCUAACUGACUUGCCAAAACUAUAGUUUGUUAACAAGAAAUUUGUGGAGUGGUUGAAAAACGAGUUUUAAUGACUCCAACCUAAGUGUAUGUAAACUUCCGACUUCAACUGUAGCUGCACCGCUACAUGGCAAAAAAGUUAUAAACUACUGAAAACACUACAUAGAUUUGAAUUUAGUCCAACUCGUAAUUUAACUACUGAAAACACUACAUAGAUUGGAAUUUAGUUCAACUCGUAAUUUAACUACUGAAAACACUACAUAGAUUUGAAUUUAGUUCAGCUACCACCAACCUGCUGCAAAAUGUAGUUAAAUUACAAGUUGAACUACAUGUACACUAAACAAAAAUGUAAACGCAACAUGUGUUGCUCCCAUGUUUCAUGAGCUUAAAUAAAAGAUCCCAGAAAUGUUCCAUAUAAACAAAAAGCUUAUUUCUCUCAUUUUGUGCACAAAUUUGAUUACAUCCCUGUUAACAAGCAUUCCUCUUUUGUCAAGAUAAUACAUCCAGCUGUCAGGUGUGGCCUAUCAAGAAGCUGAUUAAACAGCAUGAUCAUUACACAGGUGCACCUUGUGCUGGGGACAAUAAAAGGCCACUCUAAAAUGUGCCGUUUUGUCACAAAAAACAAUGCCACAGAUGUCUCAAGUUUUCAGGAGAGCAUGCAAUUGGCAUGCUGACUGCAGGAAUGUCCACCAGGGCUGUUGCCAGUGAAUAUAAUGUGCAUUUCUCUACCAUAAGCCAACUCCAACUUUGUUUUAGAGAAUUUGGCAGUAUGUCCAUGUGGGCGAGCGGUUUGCUAAUGUCAAUAUGGUGAACAGAGUGCCCCAAGGUGCCGGUGGGGUUUUGGUAUGUGCAGGCAUAAGCUACAGACAACGAACACAAUUACAUUUUAUCGAUUGCAAUUUGAAUGCACAGAAAUACUGUGACGAGAUCCAGAGUACCAUUGACAUGCCUUUUUUUAAGGUAUGCAUUGAACGGAUGUGGGUGGAGCAAUGUCUACAUAAGGGUGGAAAUUAAAAACACCCACAAAAGUUCUGAUGAAGCUGAUCCGUAAGGCUUAAUAAAGAGCAGUGAUACUAGCAAGAGCAGUGUGCAGGUUUCUUAUUUUUUCUCUCAUGUUAUUCAAUUGUUACCAUGCACCUGCAACAAAUAUAACUCAAAUGUGCGAGUGCCUUCUGAAUUUUGAAGGUAUCUGUAAUUUAUUUAUUUCAAUUGACUGAUUUCUUUAUAUGAACUGUAACUCAGUAAAAUCUUUGAAAUUGUU